AUGGCGCCUGGGCACGGUGGUAAGCGGAAGCGCGUCGAGCGCUCUCAUUCGGGGGAUUCGGGAAGCAAUGACAAUCUGCGACCUUCUCCUCAUCGCCCCGGGAACAUGAACAUGGCGCAUUACCCUUCCAAUCCUAGGCAUCAAUCUCCCUCCCAAGAACAGAAUGAAAUGCGCGAUAAAUCUCGCCGACACUCGCAUUUCGGACGGGCUGGUUCCCGACGCGGAUCCCACGACGGCCCGAAUUUUUCGAACCCGCAGGCCAAAGAGCCGAACGCGAUGUCGCCUCCACCUGCUUUUCAGCCCAAAGAACCAGCUUCCAAUGUCGAAUUAGCUGCUCCGCAACCCACACCAUCUCCAGCUCCCAACACCCCUUCGCAGCAGUACACCAAUCUACCUUCUCGCGCUAGCUCCGAGGCCGCUACCCAUCUUCCUCCUCCUCCCCCAUCCCCUUACGAGUAUGAAAUUGUUACCGAUAACGCCGUUGAAGAUUGGACAUCGACAGGGAAGUCAAGGGUAGUGGAAGAAGGCUCCGCAGCUCGUGUUCAACAAGAUCUUCCUCGACUCGCAUCGGUCUAUCAAGAGCUUCUGCGCUCUGCGAUCUAUGGUCGAUUGUCGCCGUCAGACGCAGGAACUGCUGUGAAAGAUAUUAUCGGAAAUCAUGGAAUACCCAAUGAUGUCGACAUGGAGGGCAGCAGCGGAAAUGCUUCGACCUCCGAACUUGACCCUCGCUCGCUAUUCCUCGAUACCCUUUCUAUCGUGACCGAUGCCGAUACCUCGAACCCAAUCCUCAAACCACUUGUCUUUGCGACCGAAAUUGACGCAUCCCUGAUGCGCCUUCAACUUGAGACUCCGCUCCUCCAGGCCCUGGGGUUGGUUCGCGAUACCUUUGCGCGAAUGGGUAUUCGCAAGCAGACGAAUCUACUCUACCGGCAAUCAAAUUAUAACCUGCUCCGAGAGGAGUCUGAGGGGUACUCGAAGCUUUUGACGGAACUAUUCACUACGAGCAACAACGAACCGCCAUCAAGCGAGGUGGUUGAGAAUACAUUUGAGAGAGUCAAGGCCAUGAUUGGCGCAUUCGAUAUGGAUGUCGGCCGUGUCUUGGAUGUUACAUUAGAUGUAUUUGCUGCAGUCCUUGUCAAGCAGUACCGCUUUUUCGUGAAGCUUCUGAGGGCUAGCUCCUGGUGGCCCAAGGAAGAUGUCUUUCGCCACAUGGAAAAUGGCCGUCACCACUCUGGACUUCCCAACUGGGCGCUUCCUGGGUCCACUGGCUGGGUGACAACCGAGAAUGAACGCUCGGCCAUCAUGCAAGCGAACGAGGGGCGUGACCGCCUGUUCUGGGAUCGCGUAAGACAAGUUGGACUACGCGCCUUUUUCGAAAUCGGCCGCAAACCGAUUACAGAAGAGGAGAAGGAACGAAGCCUUUCAGAAGCGAAUGGCGUCUCUUUUGACGAGGAUGUUACCCGUUCAUGGCUUGAGGAAACAGGCACAUUACCACCCAAGGGAAAUCGGGUUGCGGCCCAGCUCCUUGGUUUCAAGUUACGAUUCUACUCUUCUUCAGCGCGAUCAAAAGCUGAUGUUCUUCCUGAUAACCUCAUUUACCUUGCCGCCCUACUCAUCAAGGUUGGCUUCAUCUCCCUUCGUGAUCUUUACGCCCACCUUUAUCGCCCCGAUGAUACUAUGGAUGUAUUGAAAGGUGAAAAGAUGGCAGAGAAAGCGGAGCGGGUGAAGGCUGGCCGUCCAGGUGGUGGCACCAACGCUCUGAUGAUGGCCGGUGCUCUGUCGGAUGACACAGUUCCCCCUCCCCGCCUCCGUGAAGAAUCCCGACUGGCAACACCUGCAAAGGACCAAGGUUCUGAAAAGGGAGCAGCUCAAUCUGAAGACGAGCUUCCAGAUCCUUCAGACCAAAAGGUUCUGUUGCUCAAGAGUCUUCUCGCCAUUGGCGCAAUUCCCGAAUCGCUGUUCGUCAUCAGCAAAUUUCCCUGGUUGAUGGAAGCAUACCCCGAGCUCCCUGAAUUUUUCCACCGAAUCCUGCACCAUUCUUUGUCCAAGGUCUAUGAGCAAUUCCGACCAGUGUUCUCUACCCGCAAUUUCCCUGGCGCCCAGUACCUGGUAUCCUCGGACCAAAAUAGCCAUUCCAAAGGCCACAUCGGACUCACACCUCCCCCUCCGAAGCGAGUUUUGAGAUGGGCUCAACUGGAUAAGGAGGACACCGAUGGCACUGAUUAUCGAUUCUACUGGGAUGAUUGGGCCGAUAACAUCCCGAUCUGCCAGUCUGUAGACGACGUCUUUGCCCUCUGUUCAUCUUUCCUUAACCUCUCCGGUCACAAGAUUGGACAAGAUGCCAGCCUUUUGGCGAAACUUGUUCGUAUUGGCAAGGGAAGUCUGGCUCAGGAUGAAUCCGAGGAAAACAAGGAGCGCUGGCGCGACCUUUGCAAGCGACUUCUGCUGCCUGCGGUCAGUCUGACAAAGGCCAAUCCUGGUGUUGUCAACGAAGUCUUCGAACUUAUCAGUUUGUUCCCUCGUGAUGUGCGAUACAAUAUGUACGCUGAAUGGUACUCGGGACAGACGUCUCGCUUGCCGGACAUCAAAGAAGCCUUCGACCAAGCCAAGGCAGAGACCAAGGACACACUGAAGCGACUUAGCAAGACCAACAUUCGACCUAUGGCUCGUGCAUUGGCUAAGAUUGCUUACGCGAAUCCUGGAAUCGUCAUAACCGUUGCCAUUGGUCAGAUUGAGUCCUAUGAGAAUCUCAUCGAGGUUGUCGUAGAGUGUGCCCGCUACUUCACGUUCCUCGGUUACGACAUCCUUUCAUGGUCUCUUAUCAAUUCGCUUGGUCAGAAAGGACGAAGCCGUGUUCAGGAAGGUGGCCUUCUCACCAGCCGAUGGCUGAAUGCCCUCUCCACUUUCGCGGGUCGAGUCUAUAAGCGGUAUUCCGUGAUGGACCCUGCUCCUGUUCUGCAGUAUGUUGUGGAACAGCUUCGGCACAACAACUCAACCGAUCUCAUUGUGCUUGAGCAGUUGAUAAGCUCGAUGGCAGGUAUUAUCUCAGACAAUGACUUCAACGACGCUCAGAUCCAGGCUAUGGCUGGUGGUGAUGUUCUUCAAUCUCAAACCAUUCUACAAUUGUUGGACAAACGCCAUGAAUCUACAAUUACUUCCACCCGGUUGCUCAGGUCUCUGACCCGUACCAAACUUGCUGGGCAGCUAUUAGUUGCCAUUGCCCAGGAACGAUUAACUUGUGUUUACAACGAGAAUUCAUCGGAACUCAAAUUGCUUGGAAAUAUUUUUGAUGAAAUCCACCGCAUUCUCACUCAAUACCUUGAUUUGCUGCGCAGCAAUCUUUCGAUCGAUGAUUUCGAUUCCUUUGUGCCAGAUUUCUCUUCGCUGAUCAAAGACUUCGGAAUUCAGCCCGAAAUUGCCUUCUGGAUCAGGCGGCCUAGCAUUGCUAAAAAGAUCACACAGGUUGAAGAGUCAAAGGAAAGGAAGGGAAGUUCGCCUACUGAUCAUACUGGUGCCGCUAAGCCGAGCGGCGACAGCAUGGACACUGGCGAAGAUGGGGUAACACCCACCUCCGCGGACAAUUCCAUGGAUGUCGACAAAGCCGAAUCAGGUGCCACAGCCUCCGCCGAGGAUUCUGGCUCUCCUCCGCAAGUCCCUCUCGUCAACGCCGACCCACUGGCAGCAAACCCCGUUAUGCAAGAGCUUAUCGACAACGUCAAGUCUGCUUUGCCCGCGGAGACAUGGGAAACUAUCGGUGCACACUUCUACGCAACCUUCUGGCAGUUGUCCCUUUAUGAUGUCCAUAUUCCCCAGAAGUCCUACGAGGACGAGAUCGACCGACUCAAGCGACGAGUGGUGACCAUCAACAGUGAUAGAUCUGAUAUGAGCAUGGCAGGAAGCUCGAGGAAGGAGUUCCAGAAGAAGCAGAUCACGCAGCUUCAGGACCGGAUCUUGGAAGAGAACAAGGGCCACUUGAUGGCCUAUGGACAGACACGCUCCCGGCUACAAAAAGAGAAAGACAGAUGGUUUGCCGGCAUGCGUCUCAAACACGAUUCUCUGAAUGUUGCACUCCUAGAGCAAUGUUUCAUUCCUCGACUCCUCUUGUCACCUCUUGAUGCCUUCUUCUGUUUCAAGAUGUUGAAGUUCCUCCACAGUUCAGGCACACCUAAUUUCCGGACCGUCGGUCUCCUUGACCAACUAUUCCGCGAGCACCGGCUCACGGCGCUCAUUUUCCUCUGCACCUCGAAGGAAGCUGACAACCUUGGUCGUUUCUUGAACGAAGUUUUGCGCGACCUCACCAGAUGGCAUGCCGACAAAGCUGUUUACGAGAAGGAGGCAUUCGGAGCCAAGAGGGAUCUUCCUGGAUUUGCGAAAAAUGUCGACCCCGAAGGUGUGCCAGUGAUGUUCCUGGAAUUUGAGGAUUUCCGUCGGUUGUUGUACAAAUGGCACCGACUGUUAUCCAAUGCACUCAAGAGUUGUCUCAGCGGGGGUGAAUACAUGCACAUUCGCAAUGCAAUCAGUGUUCUGAAGGCGGUCGUCCAGCAUUUCCCCGCUGUCAACUGGAUUGGUCGCGACAUUCUGAACUGCGUUGAUCACCUGAGCAAGAACGAUGAGAGAGACGACGUCAAGAUUCCUGCCGCCUCGCUGAUCGGUGAUCUUAACCGACGAGAGAAGAAAUGGAUGCUUCCCCAGGCAUUCAAUCUAGUGGCAGCUCAGCCCCAGUCUGCUGACAAGGCUGGAAAGUCUGGGACCCCGGGAUCUGCUGCGCCCGCACCUUUGAACGCUUCAGCGCCAGAAUUCAAUCCCAGUGGCCCAACAAAUCCCCGGGGUAUUGCAAAGCAGACCCAAUCCGGAAAGACUGAAGUUGAGGAUGGUGAGAUUGAAGAUGCGAGGAUGGGCGAUGUCGGCGGAGGAAAAGAUGAUGAGACCAAGUCCAGCGAGACGCCUUCCCAAGUUGGAACCACCGCACCUUCUGCCGCCGGCCUCGGCCAGGACGCUCCAUCUGGAGAUCGGCCAAGAUCGCGGCCCAAUUCUCGAGCCCCCGCUCCAGGGCACCAGUCCGACAUUCCUAAGCGCCCUGACCUUCGCCAGCAAGUUCACCCUCCUGUUCGUCCACCGCCACGUCACGGCGAUGGAAGACUGCCUCCGCGCCCCGAAGGAUUAGACGACCGACGGGACAGACACUCGGACUUCGGUCCUCGUGGUCGUCAUGGAGGCGGCCCCCCCGAUCAUGGACGAUCGUUUGAUGGUCCCAUGAAUGACGUCCGUGGCCGACUCAACGAGCGUCUUGCCGAUCGCGAACGCGACUUCCCCAUGCGACCUCCAGCUGACGAUCUGAUGCGCGGCCCUCCCCGAGAUGCCCGUGGUGGUCGUGAGAAUGGCUGGCCCAUGGACCGUCCAGGUCGCAUGCGUGGACCUGGGCCUGGACCCGGACCCGGACCUGGACCUGGGCCAAACGAUUCCUUCCACGGACGGGAUGGUCCUGUGCGAGGAGAGCUGAUGCCUGACCACGCGGAUCGACCUGUGGACCGACCUGUGGAUAUUCCUCGACGUGGCGAUCCUCCUAGGCCAGAAAAGGACGAUCGCAGACCUUAUGCUCAACGCCCUGUAUCGCCAUCUCGGCCUACUGACUUGCCCAAUCGUCCCGAGCGGUUCCCACCCCCCGAUGACCGCCGGCCACCUGUUCUCACUGGUUCCUCCCGUAUCGACAAUCUCCCCAGGGGCCCCCGAAGCGACCGACAAGCCGAUCCAAGGGACGCUGCGCCAGGCCCUGAUAUGAAUCACGGCCGUCUUCGUCAACCAGAGCCUCCAUCUGAGAUACCUGCUGGGCCAAGAAGACGCAACGGACGCAACACCUCUGGACAGGCCCCGCCUAACACAAGCUCGGCGAAUGCUACUGUGCCACUUUCAGAUCGCCAGGCACCCACGGGACCUGGCCGACAAAAUGCGCGCGUGCCACCAGAACAACCUGCUACUCCACAGUCGCAGCCCUCGGGCUCCACCAGUACCCCCGGUAUUCAUCCUGAUCGUCUUAGGAAUCUUGUUGACGAUGCACCCGCGGGUGCUCCUGUUGGACCUCGCGGUGGCUCAAGCCCACAGCAAGCUCCACGAGGCCCCGUUGGCUCCUCAGGGCCGCCCAUGACCCCUGGAGCUUCCCCACCCGCUGGGCCUUCCGGUGCAGGAUUUGGUGGAGAGCGUGGCCGUGGUGACAAACGAUUCGCCGGUCUCAACAACAUGCUUCAGCAGUCCAAUGGCGGCGGUGAGCGCAGUGGAAACUCUCCCUCUGUUCGUGGAAGAGGCGCCAACCGCCAAUCGAACACAAUGGAGCCACCGUCGGCUCCGACUCCAAACCGUCCACCUAUGGGCCCUGCAGGACCCCAGGAAGAUCAGCCCCGCAGCCGACCUAGCGGUGGCCGGGUGGCUGAUCUGAUUGAUGAUGUUGUUGUUCCUGAGUCCAAUCGUUCUGGACACGCUGGGGACCGCAACCGAGAAAUGGGUCCUGCUCGUGAGAAUGAGCCUGAGCGUCGUGAUGGUAGCAGCGGCGGCCGCAACCGACGCGAUGGCCGCCGCGGUGAGCGUGAGCGCAACCGCCGAAGUGAUGUAGGCGCCAAUCGCGAUGAUAAAGAACGCCCUGGCGAACCACGCGAGAGCCUUCGUCGCGUUCAAAGCUCCCGUGAGGAGCUUCGCCGCCGAGACCGCCGGGAUCGCCCCGACGGACCACCAGAAGUGAGCGGGCCACCAUCCAGCAAUAAGAAUGCCCCAGAAAGCGAAGGACGCUUGCGCCCUCCCUCCUCGCAAGGCGCACCGCCACCACCCCCACCUCCUCCCCCUCCGCCAAUGCCUGCAGGAAAUGAUCGACGUUUCAAUGCCGGUGGCGAUCGGGGUCCUCGAUCCGACAACCGAGACCGCGAGCGCGAGCGUCGCGGCGAUCGACGUGAUCGGGAUCAUCCCCGUGAGGGCGGUGGUUCAUCUAGCCAUCGCAAGCGUAAUCGACCAGGUCCUGACGACAACCCUGACGGUGGUCGUGGCAUGAGAAUGGGCAAUGACAACAAGCGCCCUCGCCGCGGUGCCUGA